AUGUCAAUUGGUGAUGAAGAUGCUGAUAAUCUUCUACUGGAAAGAAAAUAUUCCAUAACUCGUGAAAUUUAUAAUAUGGACAAAUUUCUACAACGUUAUCCUAAAUCGCCAGAAGUACACAAAAGAUUUUCGCCGUAUAAAGUUUUGAAAAAUUGCACUUGUUCGAAAUUCGCUAGCCUUCUAUCCUUUGUUUUCCCAUUUUAUUCUGUUUUGGCUCCUUUUUAUAGCCUACAAUCAUUUGUAUCAGAUCUGGUUGCUGGCUUAACACUUUCAAUAGUCCAUAUACCCCAAGGAAUGGCAUAUGGUGUUUUGGCCGGAGUGAAACCCAUCAAUGGAUUGUACACCUCAUUUUUUCCUGCUCUGAUUUACUUCUUUUUUGGGACUUCACGCCAUGUCUCUAUAGGUACAUUUUCUGUUGUUUCACUUUUAACGGCUGAUCCUGUUGAUAGAUUAACAUCAUUAUAUGAUGUAAAUAAUCAUUCUUUAGAAAAAUAUGAUGUUUUUAAUGAAAAACAAAUAGAUGAUUUUCGUUUAACUGUUGUUAUAACAGUUUGUAUAUUGACUGGAUUAUUUCAAGUCGCUUUGGGUGUUCUUCAUCUUGGUGUAUUAGUAGUUUAUAUAUCGGAACCACUAUUAAGUGGCUUCACUUGUGCAUCUGCUGUUCAUGUGUUCACUAGUCAAUUAAAUGGAUUAUUUGGUAUACGAUUAAAUCAUGCUACAGGACCUUUCCGUGUUUUUUAUAUAAUUAAUAAUUUUAUUCAAAUUAUUAAAGAAACUAAUCUUGUUACAUUAUUAAUAUCAAUAAUAUGUAUUACAAUUAUAUGGUGUUUUAAACAUUUUAUCAAUCCAAAAGUUUCAACUAUAUUACGUUUUACAAUUCCAAUUGAAUUAAUUGUGCUUACUGCUGGUACUGUUAUAUCAAAAUUUGGUUUAUUAAAUCAACGUUAUGGUGUAUCGAUUGUCGGUGAAAUUCCUGUUGGUUUACCAUCACCCAUAUUACCGGAUAUUCGUCUAGUACCAGAAGUUUUAAUGGAAUCAAUGAUUGUAUCGUUUGUUUCAUUAGCUACAACAAUUUCUUUGGUUAAAUUAUAUGCAAAGAAAGGUGGUUAUAAUGUUGGUUAUACUCAAGAACUGAAUGCACUAGGUUUGUCCAACAUAAUAUCUGGAUUUUUUCGUUGUCAACCCUCAUCUGGUGCUUUGGCUCGGACUUCAGUUGCUAGUAACGUUGGAAUGUGUUCUCAGGUUGCUUCUUUGGUUUCUUGUUGUAUUCUUUUACUUGUUAUUACUGUGAUUGGACAAUUUUUACAAACUGUCCCAAAGUGUAUCUUAUCAUCGAUUAUUGUCGUAUCGCUUGAAAGUAUCUUCUUACAAAUUAUGGAUCUACGUGCAUUAUAUCGCGUUUCAAUAUAUGAUAUGCUUAUAUGGCUUGUAACAUUCAUGGCCACCGUAUUUAUUGAUGUCCCGAUAGGUUUAUUAACUGGUUUGUGUUUCUCCCUAUUAACGGUAUUAUAUCGUACACAAUCGACAUAUUAUUAUGAACUUGGUCAGAUUCCUAACACAAAUAUUUAUGUUGAUUUAAAGAGAUAUGAUGAAGCUAUAAAACUUCCCAAUAUUCUUAUAUUAAAAUAUGGUGGUCCAUUGUAUUAUGCUAAUUCAGAAUCAUUUCAAAAUUGGAUUUAUCAAAUGACCAAUAUUAAUCCACAUAAAUUAAUUAAACAACGUCAACGUAUCAAACAACAAUUGGAACGUAAGCAACAGCAACAACAACAACAACAACAACAACUUAAUGAAGAAAAUCUUAAUCAGUCUCAAUAUAAUAGAUAUAAUCGAUUGUCUUCUGUUAAAAAUGCAAUAAAACGUGUCAAAUUUAAUAAUAAGAAAGAAUGUGGUAAAUUUCCACAUAUUUCACAAAUUACGACAGAUACUACUUAUAGUAAAAAUGAUGGUGAUCUUACUGGUCAAUUGAAAUUCAUUAUCUUAGAUAUAUCAUCAUGGAUUUAUUUGGAUGUUGUCGGUAUGAGAACUAUUACUGAUAUAAUUAAAAGUUAUGCUGAAUUAGACAUUCGUAUAUUAUUCACUAUAUGUGAUCCACAAAUUUAUACAGUAUUAAUAAGUGAUAAUUUAACAUCAUCACAUAUUCAACAUAAUUCAUUUAUUAGUAUACAUGAUGCUGUAAUCUAUUGUCAAAAUAUACUUUCUACUACUACUACUACUACUACUACUAUUAAUAACAAUAAUAAUGAUAAUGAUAAUAAUAAUAAUAAUAAUUCGAAGAUUUCAAUAGAAGACAAAACUAUAAAUUUAUCCAUUCAAAACAUCCCAGUGACUUAUUGUAAUUCAACAGUUACAGUAGAUAUUAUUACAGAUAAAUUAUGA